AUGAAUAGGGAUACAAAAAAUAAGAGUAAUGAUAUAGUAGGAUCAGCCGAUGAUUUAAAAAUUGAACAACUACCAGAUUUAACAUGCAUUAUGAAAUAUCUUAUACACACUGCACAGAAAAAUGAAGCAUCGGCAGAAGAAGCAUACAAUGCAAUUAAACAAAUUAAAUUACAUGGGGGCAAUGAGAAUUUAAUAGGCGAUUCUAAUGCAAUAGAAGUAUAUAAUUUUGUAUGUAAUAAAGUUGGUAUUUUUUAUAAAUAUCAUGGAAUGGCAUAUAAUUUAAUAAUAAGACAGAAAGAAGCUAUUAGAAAUAGAACACGACUAAUUCAUAUAAAUAAUAUGAAUAAAGAACAACCACAUAACAAGAUAUUGGGUGAAGACAGUUUAAAGAUUCAAAAACUUUUUAAAUCUACUGCAAAUAUACAAAACAUAGAUAAAAUAGAAAAUAGAGGACCUAUUAGUUCUAUUGACAUAGAAAAUCUAGAUUAUGCCCAUACAUUUUCUGAAAAUAGCAUAAUACUAAGAAUAAAAGACCACUACCAUGUGCAAUUUGUAGACAAUGAGUGGCAUACGGUUACAAUGGUUCAUAUUCCAUACUACAUGCAUAAACAAAAAAAUGGUACAAUUAUAAACUAUCCGUUUCACAGUAUUAGGGAUAUAGCAAAAUAUUUAAAAAGCGCUUUUAAUAUUAGAAAAGAUCGUAAAUCAGGCGCCUUUAAAACAAAAAAAAUAAAAAACUGGGUCUUUUUGACGUAA